AUGAAGGAUAAGAAAUGGCAAAUGAGCGAUGAUGAGAUGGAUGAGUGUAUGCGGAACAGGUAUCCUAGGGAAACACAUGUACGAGUGAGCGACGUGCCUUUUAACGAUAGUAUAGGGAUGGUGGCACAUGGAAGAGAUGGCUGCAGUCCUGUAAAGUAUAGCAUGCCGGAGAUGAGGAAGAUCAGCAGAUACGGGACCACAAAUGCAGCUAGAAUGAAUACUGGCAAUGACGAGGAGAAUGGCGCUGCCAAAGAAAUCAGUGUUGACAACAAUAACAGCAAUUGGUGCAGAGAAAAUGACGAAAAUGAUGAGAAAAAUGAUUUAUUGGACGGAAAUAGAUCUAGCGGUGAAGAAUACGCCGAGAAUACGUCAUGUACUGUCCGAGGUGACAAAUCUGACGUGGCAAAAGAAAAAAGGAGUGUAGAACCCGGUAUUUUACAUGAUACACAUGAAAUGCAUUAUACUGAUAAAUUAGACACUUGUCAAGAAAUACUCUAUGAGGACAAAGAAAAUCCGAUAGGAAGUGCUGCUGUCAAAAAAUGUUUUGAUGAUGAUGACUCGGCCAAGGAAGCUAUUUUUCGCAAUGAUCCAUUAGAAAAUAAAUCGGUGGGCGUUGAUAGAAGCGGUAGAACUAACAGUGUAUUUCUUAAGCACGGUUAUCAGGACAGGAAGUUCAGCAUUAUCAGAGAGAUACAGAAUAGCAGAUUUGGUGGAAUAACCAGGCACGAUAUCGAACUUUUUCGAUAUUUCUUAUGGAAAAUACACCGAUGUGAUGUAAACAGACAAAACAGCACAAUAAGUGAUAGGACAAAUGAAAGUGGAAUGUGCAAUAGCUUGUAUAGAGAUAAUUGGCACGUGGCAAUUCACGAGUCUGAUCGAGAAUACAAAUGUGAUCAUUGCGACUUUACUUACAUUUACAGAAAGUGUUUGAUCACACAUAUGAGGAAAAGACACCAGCGGAAAUAA